AGUGAAGGAAGCUCCGGAGCUACGAAAUCGCCCCGCGUGCGUCUGCUCUACACCGACGAGAGGAUCCGCGCUCAAUUCUGCGCCAACGCCCAGCGCCUCCUCGAUGCCGUACUGGAAGACCCUGAUGCAAGAUCCAAGAGCUCGCUGAUCGCGCACAAGGCCCUCCGCAACCGGAAAAUCACGAGUCGCCUACAAGAAGUGGACCCGCGAGACCCAGCGUUCGACGUCUCGGAAUUUUUCGGUGUCGAGUGGCGAAGG